CCGCAGAAGAAGAAGGAGCAGGAGCGAUGAAGAUCUCUCUGAAAUGACUGAAAGCGGCGCUCAGCUGUUUGCUCGUCUGGAGGGUCGGCGCUGCCUGAAGGACAUCGAACCUCAUCUGUUUCCUGAAGAUGGGGGACCAGACCAUGGUGAGGUGGUGGAGCUGUGCGGGACGGAAGGCACAGGUGAGUUCACGGCACUGGAGGCACCUGUGUGUUUGAACUGCACCGCCCACCUGGAACCUGUGUGUGUCUCAGGUAAGACAGAGCUGCUGUACCACCUGCUGUGUCGCUGUGUGCUGCCGGAGGCGGCCGGCGGUCUGGAGGUGGACGUGGUGUUUGUGGACACUGACUACAGUCUGGACAUGUUACGCCUGGUCAGCAUCCUGGACAGCAGGCUGAGCACAGCUCUGUCCACCAGCUCCUCCUCGGCCGGAUCGGAGGAGGCGGCGCUACGCUCGUGUCUGUCCCGCCUCCUCGUUGUUCACUGCUCCUCCUCCUCACAGCUCCUCCUCACCCUACACUUCCUGGAGACCUCCUUGUCAUCGCGGCCCAGCCUGGCGCUCCUCCUCAUCGACAGCAUCUCGGCCUUCUAUUGGCUGGACCGCUGCGAGGGCGGGGCUAGCGUCGCCAAGCAAGAGGAGAAACUUAGCAAGUGUGCCGAGCUGCUGGGACGACUGCUCAGGGAUUACAGAGUGACCGUUUUCGCCACCUGCCACGCCAUCAGGAGGAGCUCCAGCGGACCCGCCCCCUCAGGGUCGUACCUGUGCCGCCCCUGGCAGCGGCUGGUCACCCACCGGCUGCUCUGCUCCAGGCAAGAUCCAGCAGAAAACAUGGCCGCCGCAGCAAGAGGCAGCAGGGAGCAGAGGAGGCGGCAAGUCUUCAUCGUCCGCUGCACCUCCUCCUCCUCCUCCUCCUCCUCCUGCAGCAUGAAGGGCUUCAGGAGCAGCUCCUUCUGUGUGACAGAUGGAGGAGUGGAGUUUAUUGGAACCUCCUCCUCACAGGACAAUGAACAAAGUCAAUGAAAGCACUUUUUCUGUCGAUGAAACUUGUUCUUCCAAAAUGUAAACAACAUUUUGAUUUUGUCUGAUUUCAGUGAAACCUCAAGCAGCUUUCGGUUCUGUUGGUUCUGUUUGUCAAAGUGUAAUAAAAGCUUGUUGUGAACCAGAA